UAGGUGACGCUCAUACUAGUGUCCACUUUGGCGACCGUAAAUUAUUUUUCUAGACGCAAAAGCUGAUGAGAUUUCCUUGACUACCCAGUAGAGAUGAAAGUGGUUUUCCUCUGCAAAGGUUCAAGGGGCGAUGUUGCUCCUAUUUUAUCCCUUGCGGUCGGCUUCAAACAAAACAACCCCACAGAUAACUGCACCCUUGCCACUCAUGCAUGUCACAGACUCAAAUUUGACAGCAUUCUCAAAAAGUACGACGUGGAUUUUAUGGCUGUUGAUGACCUUGGAAAAGACAGUGGACCUCGGAGUCUUGAGAAACUGGAGCUUCAAGUAUGUAGUGGAAGAGGUUUCUCCAAGGGUCAGCAACAAGAUCGUCUCAUAGAGAUGCAUGGGAGUUUGCGAGCCUGCCGAGGGGCAGAUGCUAUUGUGUUUAACCUCUUUGCUUGUGAGGGGUGGUUUAUUGCAAAAUACUUUGAUGUACCAUGUGUGGCAGCUUCUCCAUUUGCUGUUACCAGAACUCCACCAGUGACGUUUGAAAGCAAAUUUGUUGAUGCCUAUCCAGAUUUGUACCAUAGACUUCGAAACUCAAAACAAGGAGAAGUGAGUUAUGGUGACAUUGAUCACUGGAUGUGGAGACUCUACUUGGAUGACUUUGGUGAAUUCUGUGACAGUAUUGGUCUGCCUGUGUGCCCUUAUGCUGAACUGACCCCUGAUGACCGACUCCACCCGUCUACUACCUUACUGUAUGGGAUCAGCCCACAAGUGAUUGAGAAGCCUCCAUACUGGCCAGAAAACAUUGUCCUGUGUGGUUACUGGUUUCUGGAACUCCCAGAUGAACCCAUCAAUGACAUCAAGGUGUACCAUCCUGCCUCAGGUUACAGCACGUUGCCAGAUUUCUUUUCCAGCUUUAAAGGGAGUGGCGAAAGACCGGUUUACAUUGGGUUUGGCUCAAUGGAAGAGCUGGGGUUUUUCUCAAGUGUUGAUUGCGUUGAGCUUCUUGGUGUACUUAACGAAGGUCUUGUUCAAUGUGGAAAGAAAGCACUCUUGCAACUAUCCCCCAAUUCCAAUCUCCUUAAAACAUGGGAAAUGUUGUGCAGAAACUUUCAGAACUGUAACAUCCACUGUCUCAUGGAGUAUGUCCCACACUCUAAGCUCUUUCCAUUGUGCCAAUCGGUAGUGCAUCAUGGGGGAAGUGGAACAGUUGGUAUGGCACUAAGAUGUGGUGUUCCCCAGAUUGUGUGCCCAUUUAUGUUUGAUCAGUCUUACUGGGGUGACAAAGUCAUGUGGAUGGGUGUUGGUGAAUCUGUGGGGCACCCACGGUCACUCAGUGCUGAAUCGUUUGGUUCAGCACUUGUCAAGGUGGUUAGCCCAGAGGUGCGUAACAUGGCAACUUCAUAUGGCAAAAUGUUACUGGGGGAAGAUGGGGUAAAAUCGGCUGUAAAUCAACUUAUAAAAGAGUUUAAAAGAAGAUAGCAAAUUUGAAUGAACUCUUAGUCAGUUAACAGACCAUGGUGAUAACUGUAAUAUAAAGAGCACAAUACAUGUAAGUUAAGAUCAUUCUUGUAUUAUUAAUAUUAAAUUCAGUUUUAAUCGCGCAGUCAGUAAUGAAACCACAAGUGCAAUACUCUUCAGGUUAUUGUACUGAUUGAUUUAAUUUUAUGGUUCAUAGGGCACUUUUUCUUGUUUGUAUCAGAGGGUGGAAUUAAGUUAUUGAAUUUUAUGGGUUCUAACAGCUGAAAGCUAAUUUAUAGAGAGAACUUUCAAGUCAUGCAAAUCAGGCUAGUAAAAUUUUACAAGGUGCCUAACAAAAUUUCAAAACAAAAAAACUUUUGUAAAGGUUUCUACCCCAGAAUACAAGAUUUUAUUGUCAGAACUGUAUAUACAUAAUAAUUUUUGUUUCCAGAGUGAGGUAAAUUAUUUUGUAAAUAUUUCAUUGCUGGAUUUUAACUUAUUGAUUACAUUGCUGUGAUCUAAUUAUUCUUGUCAGAGAUUAAUUCAGAUGGCCAAGCCAUGUAUUUCUGUGGAGUUUGAAUUAAAGGAAUUUCAUCAUUUACA